GGGACUAGUUGGUGUUAGCACUCCGCAGUGCAUUAGCUGUUAGCUUUUAUGUACACAUGGUUAAUUUCCUUGUCUCUUCGUGUUUUUUUUCUUCUUCUACUGUAAGGCUGACGGCCUACGUGUUGCAGAGCUUCCUCCAGGCGGAGUCAUACAUACAGAUAAAUCACAGCGUCCUCAGCAGAGCCACCGCCUGGCUGAUAAACCAACAGGGCGCUGACGGGAAGUUCAGAGAGGUCGGCAGAGUGAUCAACACAGAGCUGCAGGAGGCGCUGGACAAAGAUUCGGUGGCACUCACUGCUUAUGCACUGAUAACGCUGCUGAAGAACCAGACGUACAAGGAAAUGUACUCUGACAAUGUGGACAAAGCUCAAACAUACCUGGAAAGCAAAGUGACCGUUGGUGUGGUCAGCAACUACAGCCUGGCUCUGGUGGCCUACGCUUUAGCUCUGGCCAACAAUCCAGUGGCUGGUACAGUCUUAGAUGAACUCAUGGACAGAGCGGACAAAAUAGGUACUCUCAAGGGUCAAAUCAUUAGGCCUAUAUAGUUGGGUGCAUAAUUUAGCCGUUAGCACACUUGCCUCAGUAGCAAAAAACAGCUAGCCCCGGGGUUCAAAUUCCCAGAGGAACCGCAUUCUUGGCUCCUGCAGGGGGCAGCCAAAUAUAUCCAAUAUCCAAAUAGAAUACCUCAUUAAAAAUAUAUUUUACAACAUUUAAGAGCAAAGUUUCCUGCUAGACUUAUGUUGAACACAGAUGCUUGUUGUCGUAUGUGUCCGUCCAUGUCACACAUUUACAAUCUGAGUGCAUUUGGCUAAGUGGCAGCUGAAAAAAAUAAGCUAAGUCCUAUGCGUAGAU